AUGUGUGCCGUUCGUGGCGGAAAUGCAGUAAUAAUCCGCGGCGCGGGAGACGACGAUGCUCGCGGCGCGGCAGCGGCAGAACCCUCCAUGCAAGCAACUAGAAUGUGGUCCAAACAGGAGGACGCGACGCUACUGCGCCACGCACUGCGCUACGGCACGCGGCAGUGGGGCGCGCUGGACAAGAGCUCCCUGCUGCCGCCCUCCUCUCUGUCCUCCCUCACAACCCGAUCCUCCUCCCCCAUCCUCCCUUUCUCCCCUUCCCUCUCCUCAGGAGGACGCGACGCUACUGCGCCACGCACUGCGCUACGGCACGCGGCAGUGGGGCGCGCUCGAGAAGAGCUCCCUGCUGCCGCACCGGGACAACAAGUCCUGCUGAAAUUCACUGAAUCUCACCGGCGCUGGCAAGAGGGAAGGGACAAACGUUGCUCUGGGGUGAGGCCUGGAAGUCCCAAGCAAGACAAGGAAGGCUCAUCAACAAGCGGACGGGCGGCAGAAAGAGGGCGGGCGGCAGACAGCGGACGGGCGGCAGACAGCGUCAGCAUGCGAAGCGACCACCAGAAUCCAGAGAUGUCAGGAGGAGCAGGCGCAUCUGCUGAAGCACCUGAAGCAACACCUGACGCAACACCUGACGCAUCACCACCUCAAGCACCGGCAGCGGCGGCGGAACCAAUGACGUACGGCCACCUGUCACUAGCGGCAUGCGAGUGGCUGUUCCUGGGAAUGGGAGAGCCCAGGGACUGGCCUGAACUACACGACAGCGUCGCACUCACCGUUGCGGCUCUGAACGCUGGUGCAAGCAGCUUGGGAGGCGCUGCUCUUGAGGGUGCUUUCGGCGCUGGUGGGAGCGAUAUCGGUGCGCUGAACGAUGCUCGCAUUGGUCGCGGCAGCGGAAGAGGAAGAUGGGGAGGAGGAGGAGGAGGGCGGUUUUACCAACCGGAUGAGUUUCCUACGCUGGUCCCUGGUGAUCCCGCCGCCGCCGCCACUGCUGCUGCUGCUGCUGCUCUUCCCUCAGCUCGCCCUGCUGUGCUCCCUGCUGGUCUGCCUGUGAAUUUCCGAGCAGCCAACAUUUUCCGGGCAGUCGCCGUUUUCCGGGCAGCCAGCAUUCUCCGGGCAGUCACCAUUUUACGGGCAGUCACCUUUUUCCGAGCAGGCACCAUCUGGUACAAUGGCGUCUGCACUCCCUUCAGUCGGAGGUAG